AUGGCGACGCUUAACGUUCUUGCUUUCGAUCUUGACGGUCGCCCGAUAGAGUUUACCACCUGGCUCGACGACCUUCAACUGUUUCUUCUGAUUGAUGCCAAGGACGGUGUUUCACUGUUCGAUUACGCGUCUGGCACUGCCGUUGCUCCUGCUGAAACUGCUCCUGCUCUUGACCGCUCACAGUGGCAGACCCGAGAUGCUGCUGCGCGCCUCGCUAUUCGCAACCAUCUGCCGAUCACAGAGCGCGCGCAUUUUAGCCAGCACAAGACUGCUAAGGCACUGUAUGACGCUGUAGUUGCCCGCUACUCUUCCCCGGCCACUGCAGCCCUAGGUCGCCUUAUGCUACCCUACCUGUUCCCCGACCUGUCCUCGUUUACCACUGCUGAGGACCUCAUCUCUCACCUGCGCACUAGCGACACUCGCUUUCGUACUGCCCUCUCAGACGAGGACCACUUUCUCGCGCUAGACCCUACCACUCUCACUGUCGACGACUUCGAGAAGCACCUCCUAACACCCGAAAAGAACAUUCUCGCUGUAGGUGCUGCUCGUGGCACUCCUCGCACUCCCCUCUUUGAGGGGUGCUCCCCCUCCCCUCUUGCCCCCUCCUACGCCUCCGCUGCUGCUGCUCUCGACUACCUUGGUGCUGAGGAGGUCGGGGCUGCUUCCGCUCCUCGUGGGAAGCGCCGCAGCGCCAGGGGCGGCAAGGGUGGCAGGGGAGGUGGGGGUGGCGGUGGAGGAGGCGGUGGUGGAGGCGGCGGGGGAGGUGGAGGUGGUGGGGGUGGUCGUGGGGGUGGAGGUGGUGGUGGGGGCGGCGGUGGCACUGGGAGCGGUGGAGGUGGCAGCGGCGGUAGUGGGGGUGGAGGGAGCGGUGGUGGCAGCGGUGGUGGGGGCUGGAGUGGAUCCGGCCAGAAGGGGAGCUCCGGUGGUGGCCAGGGACAGCAGCAGCAGCAGCAGGGCCAGCAGUCUGCAGCCCUAGGUGCUAGCGAGUUUGCUCUCCAUGGUACUGCGUCCGCUCAGGCUUUGCACACCUUUACACUUGACUCUGGUGCUUCUCGCUGUUUCUUUCGCGAUAGCACCACAGUCACUCCCCUCCCUGCACCUGUCCCUGUCUCACUGGCUGACCCCUCUGGGGGCCCAGUGCUAGCACAAACCAGUACUGUGCUUCCGUGUCCGGCGGUCCCGUCUGGUGAGCUGUCUGGUCUCCACCUCCCCUCGUUCUCUACGAACAUGGUGAGCACCGCCGUCCUUCAGGAUCACUGGGUUGACACCUUUACUCCUGGAGGACAUCGUGUGGCGAUCUGCACGUGCUCUCGGACCGGCCGCCACCUAGCCACGUUCACACGUGCGCCUAGGUCCAAUCUGUACACCCUCACCACUACGUCGCGCUCCACCCCUUUGUCUCCUCAGCUGUACGCGUCCGCUCAGGUAGCUACCCGGUGUCUCUGCCCUCCCUCCCUCCCUCGCCUGCGCCGCCCUGCAUUCCUUGCGUUGAGGGGCGGCAGCGCGCCGCUCCUCACUCCUCCUCGUUCCCUCCCACAAAGGCUCCACUGCAGACUCUCCACCUGGACGUGUGGGGCCCAACCCCCGUCCGUGGACAGGGCCACGAGCGGUACUUCCUGCUGGUAG